AGCAAGUGAGGAGGGAGGACGUGCCGCUCUUCUCCGCUGUCCGUCGUUUGUGAGAUUCACCUGUGUUAUGCCUUUUUCACCUCCGUUGCGACCCUAAGUCCGAAAUUCGUAAUUGGCUAUCGGGUGGCGGUCUUUUGCCAAGUGGGAAUGCAUUCCGAUGCCACGAAUGAGUUCGCAGUGAAAAGUUUACGACAGAAAUAAACAUCGACUCGUAGCAAGUGUUGGGGCAUCGAGAAAGGGCAUCUCUGAUUUUUACCUGUGGCGAGCGAGCUGGCCCAACCAACCAACAGCUUCGUCUGACCUGUUCGGAAAAAAAAUAGAAAAAUAGAGAAAUAGAGUCAGUACCUCCACGGCAUUCCCGAUAGAUAUGACCAAUUCCCACCAACACCAGUUCGGAGAGAUUACCAAACCACGCUAAGUGUGUGUGUGUAUUCAUCUCACAGUCGCUUUUAUUACCAGUGCGUUGCCAUAAAUGCAUACCGGCAGGAAAUAUCGUGAAAUAGAAAUACACCCAAGGGAAUAAUCAUAAUAGUUAUUAAUCGUAAUCAUUUUUCUUGUUAAAAAAAUAAUAAAUAAUAAAAAAAAAAUCAUCGUUUCUAAGCCGCCACGUAACAGAGAAGUCUAUUUUAGGUCCAUGGUGAAUAUAUUUUGAAAGAAUUAUGAAUCCGAUGCGCACUGGAGAUGUGGUGUGGCUGACAACGAUUGCGCUUUUCAUGAUUCAGUAUGGAACCUCCUUGGCGAAGAGACACCGCAGGCCGCAGUACUGUGAUGAUAUACAGAACAUGGCCUUGAGGGAGGGAUUCGUGUCCAAGGGCAGCGAGGACGGCUCCUUCCUGUGGAUGGUGAAGCGCGACCCGCCCUCCUACUUCUUCGGCACCAUCCACGUGCCGUACACGCGCGUGUGGGAGCACAUCCCCAACAACACCAAGCGCGCCUUCCACUUCAGCGACAACGUGUUCUUCGAGCUCGACCUCACCGACCCUUACACCAUCUCCGCCCUCACCACGUGCCAGCUCCUGCCGCAGGGGGAGAACCUCUCCGACGUCCUUCCCGGAGAGCUGUACACCCGCCUGAAGCGUCACCUCGCGUACGUCAAGUCCCAGAUGCCUCGCUGGAUGACGCCGGACCAGCGCGGGCGAGGACUGUACGCUGACUACCUCUUUAACGCCAUCACCGGCAACUGGGAGAGGAAGCGCCCCGUGUGGGUGAUGCUGAUGGUCAACUCCCUGACGGAGAGUGACAUCCGGAGCCGAGGAGUGCCUGUGCUUGACCUGUACCUGGCGCAGGAGGCGGAGCGACUCACGAAGCAGACGGGGGCGGUGGAGAAGGUGGAGGAGCAGUGCGUCCCUCUCAAUGGCCUUAAUUUCUCGCAGGUGGUGUUCGCCCUCAACCACACGCUCUCGCAACAGGAGAUCUUGCGCGCCGGAGAUGGUCGCCUGACCUUCACCACAGAUGACCUCAUACGCCACUAUAACUGCGGUGACCUCGAUGCUGUGAUCUUCUCUCGGGACACCACACAGGUAGUCCCCCACCUCGGCAACUCGUCCCUCCCCCCCGUCGACGCCGCCACGGCCACGCACAUCGACGAGUACUUUCGGGAGGAGCUCAUCUACCGCCGCAACCAGCGCAUGGGCGAGCGAGUCGUCGAGAUCCUGAAGGCCAACCCCGACCAGAGCUUCUUCUUCGCCUUCGGGGCCGGUCAUUUCCUGGGGAACCACACGGUGCUGGACGUGGUUCGCGCCAGCGGGAUGCCGGUCCUGCACGUGUCGCCCGAGAUGCGCCUCAAGAGACACAAGCGCCGGAAGGGCCACAGAGGCGGAAUAGUGCCAGAGCCAUCCGUCCUAAAGGACUUCCUCACCUCCAACACUCUCGACGCCGAACAACAGCACGACCCCGCUUUCGCCAAGUUCCUCUCUGAGCAAGCAGCCGGGGGCGGGGCCAGAAGACACAGGGGACCGCCCACAACCAGCGAACCCUCGAGAAAACACGCCCACUUCAAUGACCUCUGGGUCAGAAUAGAUCCCGAGCCGCUAGGGCCGAACGACCCCGCCUCUCCGAACUCGGAGGGUACCACCAGCGUGCCAGUGGACUCCCGCGACGCCCAGCUGUUGCGGGAGUCCCUCCGGGUGUGGUACGGCCUCCCCUCCGACGACGACAACAGCAGCAGCGCCCGUGCCCCAACGCCCGUCCUCCUGUUGUUAGGGGUGCUCCUGGCCCUUCUCGCCUGCUGCUGGAGGACCUCCUCGCACUCGGGGCAGACGAUCAUGAGGUGAUUGCCAGGCGACCGUGACGCUUAACCAAACCUCAGCCACGUAACUAACAAUCCUCCACAAAAAGGGGUUUCAAAUACCCCCUCCCCCCCCUUACGCGUACACAAGAGCGUCCUCCACAGCGGUUCAAUCGGGAGUUGGAAUCCCUUAAGAGGAAGUUUGUUUGUUACCAACCUCACUCAGCCAUCCAAGGUAACCGACCAGUCUUCUCCGGCCUGUACAGCAGCAUAAUCUGAAGCCAUCCAGCCUGCCGACCCAAAGCUCAGCCUGCAGUCGAUCACCAGAUAGAGAAAGAGCGAGGAAGAGAGAUGAAAAGACGCGAGGAAGUGAGAUGAAAAGACGCGAGGAAGUGAGAUGAAAAGACGCGAGGAAGUGAGAUGAAAAGACGCGAGGAAGUGAGAUGAAAAGACGCGAGGAAGAGAGAUGAAAAGACGCGAGGAAGUGAGAUGAAAAGACGCGAGGAAGUGAGAUGAAAAGACGCGAGGAAGUGAGAUGAAAAGACGCGAGGAAGAGAGAGAUAGAGACAGAGAAAGGAAAGAGAGAUAUAGAUACUGAAAGGGAGAAAGAGAGAGAGAGAUGUACAGAUAGACAGAUAGGUAAGAAAGAUAAAGAGAGAUAAAGAACGAGGCAGAAAAAAACUAAAACAAGAAGAAAGCAGUGACUUGAACACCGAGCCAUAGACUGUAUUCUCAGGAGCUCACGAAUAUAAUAAAUAUUUACGCGAAGGAAUCAAAACGCUCACUCGCUAUGCAUCGCUUGGUGUUCAGUAUUCUGUCAAGGCAUUUAGGGCGUUAUGGUCUCGUCUCGUAAGCGUUGGAAUUGUGUGUCCUUUAUCGGUAUUGUAGGUGAGACGGUUUCAUGCAAUUUUUUUAUUUCUUCAAAACGUAGAAUUGUGAUUUAAAAGAUAAGUUAUUCGAUAAAUUAUUGAUCAAUUAUAUAUAGUAAGUGUUAAAGUAUUCGGAUACGUACUGAGGUGAAUGAAGUAUAAAAAUGGAAGGAUAGAUACGAUAGAAGAGAAAAAAAAAAAAUCCGAAAUUUCGCACGUCCGUAGAUAUAAAAAAAAAGAAAAUGUUCACCAGUCAUUUGUCUUGAUCAUUUUCUGUGCGCGAUAUUUCGAAAGAUGCAGAUAUGGUAUUUUAAUAAUGGUGUUUUUAUUUUAUUGUUUUUUUUUCCUUCAUAAUCUUCCCUUUGCGCAUACACUUUUAGAUAUAUAUAUAUAGUUUUAGAGUAAACCAAGGCAGACUAUUAUAUUCUUGCGAUAACAGAGUACUUCGUUGAUUCGUCCAUUGAGAAUUUAUUCUUACAUGAAUGACAAUAACCUUCAGUAUCGUAAAAGCAGGAGGACUUUGACUAUUAUUAAAUCAUCAUGAUUUUUUUCGACCAUAGUGUAAUGUGAUUUGUGGAAGCAUUAUUUUGUUGAUAACUGAUUACUUUUCUGACUUACUUCAUGGUGAUAUUGGUGCCGAUUCGUCUCAAAUACAAAAUUUUCUGUCCUUUUUCUAUAUACAAGUUAGUCUUUUUUUCUCUUUUGCGGUAUAAGGUAGGCGGUUUAUCACGUAAUACGAGAUAAUGGGUGUUUAUUUUUUUAUAUGAUUCUGUCACGGUGUCAUGACGCAAAACAUAUUUAAAAUUAGCUGUAUGAGAAUCUUGAAUCUUGAAGUACAGUUGCUACAAUUUUGUUGUUUAAAUUCUUGUACCUCGACAUCUGCUCUCUUUCGACUAAGUUCAUGGAUUUAGGAUUUGAAAAAAAAAUAGAAUGGAAAUAUGAAUAUAAACACUACAGAAAGAAAGAAAAAAAAAGAAUGAAAAUAGGGGUAGAACUACUGAAGAAACAAACCGUAACACCGUAACUCACUUCACAGACGCGUGUGGUGCGUGUGUUAUUCCUCAUUCCAGCCUUGUGUAUCGAGUGCACCGUAAACUCCGUCUCGCAAUGUACAGGGGAUAGUUGCUUAAACAAGAAGCAAAUGCAUAUAAGAGGUAAUUUUACUUUUGAUGCCGAUGACGUCUACUGUGUGUCAAAAGGAUCAGAAUGUGUAUAUUUAUGUAGAAUUAUCACUGUAUGGAUAGUUCGUAAGGAUUCUUCCGUCUUCAAGGAUUAGUACGUACUGUUUAUUAUAAAAAAAUGUAAAUAUUAUAGUUUUAUCGGCGAAUUCGAUGUCUGCAGGUGGUUACAUGCACGUUGUAAUCGAUGCAAGGGCGGGUGUUCAUUACCUGCCUCGAAGGUGUAUCAUAAACUAGAAUGGUAUUGUACUAAGAAGCGUGUCGUUUUGCAUGAAUUAAGCCAUAGUCAUUCGUGUGCCAUAUAGAGGAGAAAUCGGCUGAUGUUGUAAAGGAAUACUCACUGAACUUAAAAAAAAAUAAGUGUUGUUACUGGGUUUGAAAUUUUGUACUGCAGGUCCAAGGCGUCAUCAUAAUUGUAUGUGGAGGAAGGUUAGGGUAAUGAAACCUUUUUUCUUUUCGAGGAAAUAGCACGAAAUUGUUAGCUUGUAUUCUUAGUAAAACUUGUACAGUGAGUUUGAUGCUUUAACGAAGUAAUUACUUAAUUGAAGUAAUGGUCAAUUUAGCGUUGUUAACUGCCAGUUCGAUUUGAUGAAAUUUAGUCUGGCGUAGAAAACAAAUUUAGUUAUCAGGAAGAAAUGAGUGUUUUCUGCUUUCAUACUUUGGCAACAUUUUUUAAUGUAACAUGUUUUCUGAAAAUGUUCCUUGUUCGUGUGACUUUAAUUGCAGAUGCUGAUUUUAGGUGGUCUUAGAAAAUGUCAGCCUUAGAUGUCAACACUAAUAUUUUGUAUUGUAGUGUAGAAGUUAAAACAUUUAUACAGGAUAAACGAAACUGCAGUCAGUAUUAUUUCUUCAUAAAACAUACGACUCACUGGAACAGACAAUCAAAUGCAGUUGUUUCAGCAGAGUCUCGUUGCCACUAUAGUGUUCAAAAAAAGGAGCCUGCAAGUUUUGAAAGACUCGCGACCUAUUGAAAAAGCUCAUUUUAACGACAUGACUCAUCAGAUACCUCUUCGGUAUAAGAUUGUUCUUUGUCUGUGCCACAGGUGCUCAGUGCUAGCGCGAAAAACCUAUGUAGAUUUACAUGUUUGUUUAUUAACCUACAGUUGUACAGUCCCCCUCCCCUCCUUUUCCGUUGUUUAUGCAAGACUUUUGCACACGUUUCCCAUUUAUAACUAACUGCCAACGAAGUGAAGAAAUUAUAACUUGCACGUAAUGUUUAGUGACGUGUUUAUCAUUAUUUUAAUUAUCAACGUAAAACUGUACAGAAAUACAGGUGUGUUUUAUGUUGAUAUCUACCUGAUGUGGAUGUAGUUAGCGGUAGGCAGAUAGGACAAUGGGUGCAGAACGUAUGUAUACUUUUUUAUGUUGCCCCAUAUUGGGGAUGUCACAUUGGGCUCCAUCGCUAUAUACCUCAGAAUGUAGGGGUCGUUUUGAGUACCCAUAAUGUAUACACUAGUUUCAUAUACUGUAACUAAUAUUAUUUACUUAUAAAUGAUUAUUUCCCAGGACAGAACACACACACACACACACACACACACACACACACACACACACACACACACACACACACACACACACACACACACACACACACACACACACAAACACAAACACACACACAUACACACACACAUACACACACACAGACACACACACACACACAUAUAUAUGCAUUCGAAAUUGUGAAAAAAAGUAUGAAUGUUAUACGGAAGUAAAACUUGUAUCAUCCAUUGCAGUUUUGUUAGGUCAGAAGUGUGAAUAGAAGCGCCUGUCUUCUUUUUCAUAAUUUUAUACUCAAAACAACUUUCUAUAUAUAACGAUUAAGGGGGGGAAAUGUUGCUUAUUUGCACAUGAUUUUUUUUUAUUACGUAUUGGUGGCAUGUGUCUUGUUAUGAAAAGUCUUCUGUGGGUACUCUCACGACCUUCCCUUUGGUGUGUGUGUGUGUGUGUGUGUGUGUGUGUGUGUGUGUGUGUGUGUGUGAGUGAGAGAGUGAGAGAGUGAGAGAGUGAGAGAGUGAGAGAGUGAGAGAGUGAGAGAGAGAGAGAGAGAGAGAGAGAGAGAGAGAGAGAGAGAGAGAGAGAGAGGGAGAGGGAGAGGGAGA